AUGGGAGAAGACAUGCCGACCACACCGGUCGCCGACACAGGAUCUAUUGAUAUUGACCCGUCUAUGCUCCUUCCUCCAAGCAUCGACAAAACCCGACUCCUCUCAGGCGAAUCCUACGCAUAUUUCUCACCAGCGCCGCCUGCAGUCCCAACACAAAAGUCUUCAGAUCCAAACUCAGAUUACCUAGUUCUUGGCGUUGAUGAAGCCGGCCGCGGCCCCGUCCUCGGACCCAUGGUCUACGGCGCAUUCUACCUCCCCAAUUCUCUACACCACUCCCUCCUAGCCAAGGAGUACAGCUUCAACGAUAGCAAAGUUCUUACAGCGGGUGUGAGGGCAAACCUCAUGCGCAUCCUAUGCACACAAGGCUCACAUCUUUACGAAUCCUGUGGGUGGACGACAAAACUCCUCUCUGCUAGAGACAUAUCAUCGGGGAUGAUGAGGCCUGCAGCGGGCGUGGGUGGGGUAUAUAAUCUCAAUGCUCAGGCGAUGGAUGCGACAAUCGAGUUGAUUAGGGGCGUUGUCGAGGAGAGAAAAAUGAAUGUGCGGGAGGUUUAUAUUGAUACGGUGGGGAAUCCGGCGAGCUAUCAGAAGAAGUUGGAGAUGGUGUUCCCUUCACUGAAGAUUACGGUUGCUAAGAAGGCGGAUUCGUUAUAUCCUUGUGUCAGUGCGGCGAGUGUGGUGGCUAAGGUUACGAGGGACGUUGCGCUGGAGGUCUUAUAUGAGGCUUUCAGGGAAAGUGGUGGAGGGGCCGGCGAUGGUUGGGGAAGUGGAUAUCCCUCCGACUCGAAGUGUGUGGGUUGGAUGCGAAAUAAUAUGGACCCUAUCUUUGGGUGGGGGAAUGAGUGUCGGUUUAGCUGGGGUACAGCAAAGGAAAUGCUAGAGACCAAGGGAGGGGAAAAGGUCGACUGGCCUGUGGAUGAGGAUAAUACACAGCUCAUGGAUUUCUUGCUGGCUUCUGGUGGUACGUUCAAAGGACCGGAACAGGAACUUCAAGAGUGGUUUGGAAAGAAAUCUGCAGAAGUUUUAUAG